UUGGCUUUAUCAAAUGAACUUUGAUUAAUACUAGUAGUUAUACUGUAGUGAUAGUCAACGUAACAGGGACAACAUCAUAGUUCCGUAAUGGGUAUUUCAGUGUUACAGGGAUAACAUCAUAGUUCCGUAAUGGGUAUUUCAGUGUUACAGGGAUAACAUCAUAGUUCCGUAAUGGGUAUUUCAGUGUUACAUUUGGUUAUUAUUUACAAUAGUGUUUUGUCUACAGCAUCGCAAAAAUUUACCAUGAAAUCAAAUCACAACUAUUUUCAUCAAAAUGAAAUGACUUUUACAGAAUUUUCAGUCAUUAAAUGUGCCUUAAAGUGUAAUGAAUUAAAAUCCUGUACUUAUUACAGCUACAAUGCCAUUGACGAAUUGUGCCUGAUUCAUUCAGCGGAGAUCUAUGAAGGAAAGUUGACAUUUAAAUCAAAUACUACCUGGCGAAUAUAUGAACCUGUUUCAAAAGUUAACAAAUGGGGGACAUUAGUCUACAAUGCUGUCGCUGGUUCGGGAAUUGCAGUGUACGAGUCUUUUACAAAUGGAAUGUUUGAACCAGAAAAGUAUGACAAUACAGGAAAUUUUCGUUCAUCUGCUAUAGAUAAUUGGAACAGUUUGAACAUUAACACAGUUAACAUAGUUAUCCAUACAAAUAGCUUACCAGUUGUUGAAAUGCGGUUUGACAUUCCACCAGGAACCAGUAACACUGACUGGUUCUCCCCAACAUAUGUUACGACCAAUGCAUGGAAUGACUUACCUUAUUACUUAUACGACUAUUUGUACUUCUCUGUUCAAGGGGAUUACUCCAGGAGGUUUUUCAUAUAUAAGAACUACGAUUUGUGUUUAGCAACUGAAUUAGGAUGGUUUGUCGUGGUGGACUUCUAUGGUUACACCUGCAAUUUUGACACUACAAAUAAUUACCCACUGUUUAGAUACACAGAAAACACGGUCGGUAGUUUCGACUAUGAUGGUUACCGAGAUGGAGACGUAUUUUCGAUUUUCAUUUCGUGACUAUCAAUACAUGUGUUAUACAGAAGAAACACAUAUUAUGGAUGACAAAGGAAUCUACUGACAUUUCAGAAACUAUUGAGAUUACACUCAGCUUUUGAUUGCGUUCGUGCUGCUUAUUUUUUGGUUUUAUAUGUUAUUUUGUUUACAGUUGUUUGUCUGUUUAUCUUUUUCUUUUUUAGCCAUGACAAAGUCAGUUUAUUUUCGACUUUCUUUGGUAUCCUUUGUUCUACUUUUAGUAUAUAUA